AGGACUUUGCCUGAUUCUUUGCUUUUUUUAACUUGUUUUUCUCAAAUUUUGAAUAUAUAUUUUCGAUUUUUUGGAUUAAUUUACAUUCGAAAACGAGGCACUAACAAUAAAAAUGGCGACAGCCUUCAAGAAAACCCCUCUACCACGUGUACGCGAAAAGAUAACGUCUGAUGUGUCAUACUGGAAAAAUUUAGAGUUUCCAGUCACAAAUAAGGAAUUUAGUGCUGUGACACACAUAGAUUUUAGCCAAGCUGCGCCUUAUGAUUUUGCUGUUACAAGUUCUACAAGAGUUCAAGUCUACAAUUCUAGAACUAACAAACCAGACAAGACUUUUUCCAAAUUUCGAGAAGUUGCAUAUGGAGGUAGUUUCCGGGAUGACGGCAAGUUACUGGUGGCAGGCGGUGACGAAGGUGUGGUUCGACUGUUUGACGUUGAAAGGAAAGCCCUCCUCAGAGUCUUCAAGGGUCAUAAAAGUCCAGUUCAUGUCACAAAAUUUACAGCAGACAACUUUCACUUGGUGUCAGGCGCAGAUGACACGACAUUUAGACUCUGGGACAUUCCAGGGGAGAGAGAAGUGAUAUCGUACUCAGAACACCAGGACUAUAUCAGAACAGGUGUUACUAGCAGGGCAAGCAAAGACAUUGUUGUAUCAGGUUCCUAUGAUCACACAGUGAAAUUGUACGACACGCGCACGGACACCAGUGUGUUAACAGUGGACCAUGGUCAGCCAGUGGAGAGUGUCCUCAUGUACCCUGGAGGGGGACUUUUUAUUUCGGCUGGUGGCAACUACAUCAAAGUUUGGGAUGCUUUGGCUGGGGGCCGUCUGCUGACGCAGUUCAGCAAUCACCACAAAACUAUCACUUCCAUGUGCUUCAGCAGCAGCUUCAAAAGGCUUCUCUCAGGCGGAGUUGACCGACAUGUAAAAAUCUAUGAUGUUGCUACAUACCAAGUUGUUCAUACUUUGGACUACCCUGCUGCAGUUCUCAGUCUAGGUGUUGCUCCUGAUGACAGUGUCAUUGCUGUUGGAAUGGCAGACGGGCUGCUCUCUGUUCAACAUAGAAAAGCUGAGAAGGAAACGAUAACAACUCAAAAGAAAAAGAAGAAAGCAUCCUAUAAAUAUGUUCUGAGAGGAAAAACCUUUGUACCUUCAAAUGAUGAUCAUGUUGUUCAGCAUAACAGAAGAGUCCAGUUGGCCAAGUAUGACAAAUACUUUAAAAAGUUUGAGUACACCAAAGCACUAGAUGCUGCCUUAGAUCUAAGAGUACGGAUCAAGUCCCCAGAAGUAACAAUUGGUGUAAUGCAGGAGCUGAUCCGCAGGGCGGGACUGAAGGCAGCUCUGGCUGGCAGAGAUGACAAGAGUUUGGGGGUAGUCCUGAAAUUCAUACAAAAGAACAUAAGCAAUGCUAAAUUUACAGUGCCACUUAUAGAUGUUGCCAACACAGUAUUGGAUCUGUACAGUUCCCAGUUAGGCCAGUCCACAGUGAUUGAUGAGACCUUUGCCAGGUUAAAAGAGACAGUGGACCAAGAGGUCAGCUACAUCAAGCAGCUGCUGGAAGUGAUGGGCACCAUGGACACACUGUUUGCUGCCUCAGUCCACAACCAGACUAUGGUGCACCAGGAGAUAAUGCCAGGAAUAGCACAUGUUGAAGCACCAUCUUGAUAAUGUAAAGAAAUUUAGGUUUUGUUCAGCAGAGAAGAGGAGUUUGUUCUCUAUAAACUGCAGUUGGUGGCACCAAGCUCUUGAAACAACUUAUACAGUUUUGUAAUGAAUAA